GAGGAGGACGACGAAGACGACUGGACACGACUGAAUCGUGUGAUAGCUAGGCUCCGCCACUGGGAUUCGGUGAGGCAUCUACCACUGUUUGUUUAAUUAUCCCAAGCGAGUCAGAAACUGCAGGCUGCUUGUUGGGCACUUGGGCAUGGGCUUGCAGUGCUGUGCCCGCCCUCUCUCCUUCCUUGUUCCUUCUUUAUAAGGAGACGAGCGAGCUCGGCAGAGAGGUACUACGCCCAGGACACGACAGGGCGCUGCUUGUUGCCGAUUGCUAGCUGGUAAAGGGUAGGCCGGUGCGUCUAGCUACCUUGGUUGGUUGGGUGCCGGAAUUUCCAUGGAGGUCGCGGUCGUGGAAAGUCCUCGUCCUCCUCCGCCGCCGCCGCAGGCCAAGGAGGAGAAGAGGUCCGACGCCACCAAGCCAGAGAUCGCCGCAUCGAUGGUAGGAAGCGCUCUCCCAAUAGUCUUCGAAAGCUUUCCGUCGACGCAAAGAGAAGCGGCGGCGGCGGGCGUCAAACAGGAGGAGCGCAGGCUGGAGGCGGCCAGGGCGGAGAUGGGCGAGGUGAGGGAGGAGAACGAGCGCCUCAAGUCGAUGCUGUCCCGCAUCGUCGGCCAGUACCAGUCCCUGCAGACGCACUUCCUCGACGUCGUCAAGGUGCGCGAGCUGGCAUCAUCGUCAGCCAAGGCGGCGGCAGAGAACAAGAUCCCCGCGGCGCCGGCUCUGCUGCCCGGCACCGACGACGGCGACGAACCCUACGACGACCUCGUCUCCCUGAGCCUCGGCACGAGGGCGAAUAGCAGCGGCGGCGGCCCUCGCCGCAAGGGGCACGACGACAGGUCGGCGUCCUCGUCUGGCACCGCUGACGAGAUGCCCAAUACCGCCGACGACGAACGCCGCCACCAGAUCUCCCUCGGUCUCGGCUUCGCGCGCGGGCUUCCGCCAUCGGGCACGGCGGCGGCCGCGGACGACGACAAGGCCAGCCACGACGCGUCCACGGCGCCGGUCCUGAACCUGAGCUCCGACAGCAGCGGCAGCGCCGGGGACACCGACACCACGAAGCCUGCCCUGGCCGCCGCGGGCGCCGCCCGUAAGAGCCCGAGUGCCGGUGCCGGAGACGGGUCAGCUGACGACGAGGUGCAGCAGCAGGCCAAGAAGGCUAGGGUUUCCGUCAGGGUCAAGUGUGACACUCCCACGAUGCCCGAUGGCUGCCAAUGGCGGAAGUACGGGCAGAAGAUCUCCAAGGGGAACCCGUGCCCGCGCGCCUACUACCGCUGCACGGUGGCGCCGCACUGCCCGGUGAGGAAGCAGGUGCAGCGGUGCGCGGAGGACACGUCGGUCCUGAUCACCACGUACGAUUGCGCGCACAACCACCCGCUCCCGCCGGCGGCGACGGCCAUGGCGUCCACGACCUCCGCGGCGGUGGCCAUGCUCACCUAUGGAUCCACCACCUCCGCCGCCUCGGCCUCGCUCGUCCACGGCCACCAAUACCACUCGCUGGCGGCCGCCGCCGGGCUUCUCGGCCCCACCACCAUGGUCUCCACCGCCGCGUCCUGCCCCACCAUCACGCUCGACCUCACCUCCCCCGCCGCGCCGCACUCCCUCGUGCACUCCUCCUUGCCCUACGCCGCCGCCGCCGCCGCAGCAGCAGCGGGGUUCGAGUCCAAGGCGGUCCCCGCGGCGUGGAGCAGCGGGUACCUGGCGUACGGCGGCGCCCACCCGUCCUACGACACCAAGAUCUCGUCGGCGUUGGGGCACCUGUUCGGUGGAAGCCUGGGCGUGCCAUCGAGACCGGAACAGCUGUACGCCCAGUCGUACCUGCAGAGAGCUAAUAGCCUGGGCGACGGCCAUGGUGCGGUGGCGCCCGCCGUCACGGACACGCUCGCGAAGGCGAUCACGUCGGAUCCGAGCUUCCAGUCGGUGCUGGCAGCGGCGAUCACGUCCGUCAUGGGGCGCGGCGGAGCCGCUGCUACCCAGAAGUGAUCAAGAUCGAUGGCGCAUGCAGCAUUCGCUCAUGCAUAAGAUCGACUUGCAAGGGCAGAUCGCCGUUUUUGACCCCACACACAUAGGCAUGCAUGGAUCGGUGGUUCAUGUGUAAUUAAUAAUUCCAUCACAUGGUUAAUUUUUCUUUGUUCAUUGGAGUGUUAGUAAUUGGCCGGCUUGGGAAAUGGGAAUAGUGAUCAUAAUAUGUCAAUGUAACAGGGAUAAUCAAUUUGAUCGAUAGAUGUACAUAUAGCACAACGAGUCAAAAAUUGUACUCCCUGUCUACCAAAUUAUUCUCAAAUAUUGUAAGUGGUUCCAACUUUCCUGAUU